CUUUUCUUCUCUUAGCAUUGUUUUGUAAUACUCCCUUUUCUUCAAUUUAGAUACUUUCUAAAUGGGAAAAAGUCUAUUUUAAAAAAAUACAUAUAAGAUUUAUAUCAAAUAGUUGACCCUCAUACUUUGAAUCGAAAAUUAGUUUUCCAACACUAAACUUCAUCAUUUUUCUCAGUCGCAAGUCUCAAGAGGAUGUCACAUAUAAUUUCCCUGAUAUGACAAGACAAGAGGUAUAUGAUACAUGCCUUUUGCGCUAUAGUGCAAUGCCAAGGCAAAAGCAAAAAGAAUACGAGGAGAAACGGACAAUUGAGGACGGUGGAAUAUGUUUGCAUCGUUUCGAUAUGUUGGGGAAAAAAUGGUCAAAGUUAUUGCAACCUGGAGAUGUUAAAGUAAAGCACGCGUCAAAGGAGAAAAUUGAAGCUUACUUAAAACAGAUGCCAAGGACAACAAAAGUUGAGGUCGUAGAAAGAGAAGGAGGACAAUUUAUAAACGUUCUGGAUAUUAAACGUUGCAAUGAAAGUAAGCUUGUAAAGCUAAUCAACUGCAGGUGGAAGGAUUUGACAGAAGCAAAGAAUUUUCAGGAUGAAGUAACUCGAGCUUUUAGAGGCCGGGUGAUACCGGUGAAAGAUAUUAAUGUGGCUUGGAAAAAUUUGGGAAACAACCUGAGGGUGAAAAACUUCAAGCAAACAAUGUUUAAAGUAGCUAUUUUCACCGAGGCCGAAUAUGCAAUGCAGUGCCGGUUGAAAGAAGGCGUGCUUUACUCUUUCUCUUCAUAUUAUUGCGAGUUUGAGGACGUUGUCAAAACUGAAUUCCCUGAUAUGACAAAAAAGGAGGUAUAUGAUACUUGUCUUUUACGCUACGUUAUGGCACCAAGGGAGAUUCGACAUAUAUAUAAAAUACUGAGCACAAGAGAUGAGUGCAGAAAAUUGUGCGAUUCUCGUUUUGGGGAAACUCUACGAGUAUAAGUUGUAUUUCGUGCAUUAGACUGUUGCUUGUAAAGUUAGAAUAGUUGAAUUUGCAUUGGUAGUUGUUGUCGUAGUAGAGCGGUCUUCUCUUCUCUUACUACCGCUACAACGAUUGAUGUUUUGAUUCAUUUGUUGCUCCCGUUUUUAGUCUGAAGAGGGAAUGUGUUUAUGUCUUCAUUGUUACAAGAAGGUAGCUUGGAUAUCAAUUUGUUAUGAAAAACAAUUAUUCCCUCAAAA